CGUUCGCAAUCAUGUUCCGAUGGACUACAACAACUCAAGAUGCCCAGAAAUUGUCAGAAUAAAGCUGUUAAUAGUAAGUAGGACGAACCCAUGCAGAUAUGUAUUCUUGCCGAAAACGGACGUCGGAUGGCAACAUGGAUAAUCAAAAUGUAGAGGAGAGGUUCAGUUUGGACUGCGUGGAGCACAGCGGCAUCAGCAUUUCGGGGUUUUCUGACGAGAUCUUGUUGAACAUUCUGACACACGUGCCCAGUCAUGACCUGGUGCUCAGUGUCGGAAGAGUCUGUAAAAAGAUGAAGACUUUGAGUCUGGACAAAAGUCUCACUAACCACGUUAGACUCUCCAAAGAGUACCUGGCUAAUGAUGAUGCUGUUAAACAAGUGGUGAAAGAGCUGGCCAGUGAGAUCCAGACGCUCAGCAUGAGUGGGUGCUACUGGCUUUCUGGGGCUACCAUCGACCAGCUGACCCGGUGCAAGGGCCUCGUCAAGUUGGACCUCUCAGGGUGUCGUCUGACUUCGGUGCGACUCUCCAAGAUCCUUUCCUCCCUUCGGGGUUUGCGGUCAUUGGCCAUCGACAUCAGUGCUGGCUUUGACUCUAACCAGCUGAGCAGAGAGAGCAAAGCCACCCUGAGUAAGAUUAGUGAGCUCAAACAGACACUCUACACACCUUCCUAUGGUGUGGUCCCUUGCUGUACCAACCUGGAGAGGCUGCUGUUGUACUUCGAAAUCUAUGACCUCACCAGAGAAGGGGCCACCAUAUGUUGCCAGCUGAUGGUGGGUCAGAGCAGCAUCCCUCACUACCAGAACCUGCAGGUGUUUUAUGCCCGGCUAGCUCCUGGUGAGGUCAACCAAACACUUGUCAACCUGUACCUGGCUGUUUUUAGUGUCCAUGUGCCAGAGCGCCUGCAUGUCUUCAUCAUCUCUAUCCCAGGGAAUAAUCCAGGACACUGGCCUGCUGCUAAGAACCUCCUAGAUGGAAUUGCCAGAAAUGGGGCCCUGGAGGCCCUGCAGUUGCCCAAGACCUGGCUAGACCAGAGCUCCCUGCAGCGUAUCCUGAAGCACAGCGCGCCCUCCCACCUUAACUUUAGCCGCUGCUCUGUCUUUGGCAGUCAGCUCAUUCACAGCAUCCUGAACGGCGUGAUGGACCUCAGGCAGCUGGUUAGUCUCAAUCUCAGCGGCUGCAUUCAGGGGCUGUACUUGGACUGCACAUGGAAGGCCGACGAGCACAUAGACAGUCACGUUAUGGAGUCGUUGGCGAGCGCUUGCCCCAACAUCAGGCACCUCAACCUGUCCGCGGCACACUACCACAGCACACCUGGCUCGGAGGAGCACCUCUGUGCCGUUCUGACCCGGUUUAAGAGCCUGCGUUCCUUGGCGCUGCCAGUGUGUGCUGUCUCAGACGGUGUGAAGAAUCCGGAAUACGCGGCGAGGGGUAGCACGGCUCCGAUCUCCAGCUCGCUUAUGCUCGGCCUCAGGAAGGGCACCCGAGUGGGCCUGCAGACAUAUAAGGUCAACUCGGACCUAAGGGAUGAGCAGACGAGCUCCAGCUUCCGCGCCCUUCUGGAGGGUAACCCCUUCCUGGAGGAGAUUGAACUCAUAGGGUCCAACUUUUCAUCGGCCAUGCCUCGCUAUGAGCCGGCCAUCCGUAAGGAGCAGGCAGCCUGCAGCUGGGCAGGCCACAUCGGAGACUCGGAAGUAGCAGCCCUGGGGGCUUUAGGUUUCCUUCGCAGGCUGACUUUAGCGCAGCUCCCCGGCAUCGUGAAAGGCACUGGCCUGGUCGAGGUGGCCAUGAAGUGUCGGGACCUGCAGGUGCUUUCAUUAGCCAACCUGGGAUUGUUGAAAAAUACCACCUACAUGCCAGCUCUCAUCGAGGCCUUGCCUUACUGCAAACAGCUCAAAGACCUCAGACUGGAACAACCCUACAUAAAUGCCAAUGCACGCUUCUUCCAGGCCUUGAGCCAGUGCAGCUCCCUGCGCCGCCUCUGCCUCAUAUCCCGCAACGGCACCUUCCAGGCUGAUGCCGUGACGGCAUUCAUGGCCAGUUGUCGCGACGUCAUCAUGUGCCACAUGUUCAUGGGUGGGAGCCUCGUGGCCUGCAGGAACCUGCAGAAGGCCCUGCAGGACAGCUUUGCGGCAGAGCGCCCAGCACUCAGCGUGGUGAUCUACCCGUUGCUGCACGAGGACCUGGCUCUAGUAAUCAGAGAGAUGCCCCUGCUCCACCUGGACGAGAUCACCCUCUUCAGGAGCCGCGUGGCCGAGGACCCGCCGCGCCUCUGGUGGUAGCGGCGGACCGCGAGGCACCGCUCGCCUUUCUUCCGUGAGGUGAAAACGCUUAAGCCGGGCACUGCGCUUUGUCCUCGAGUUGACGCGUCUCGCUCGUUUGGAGGACUCGCUCUGGACACUGGACCUCGGGGGGCCGAAUCAGAACUUAAGAGCGGGAUCCUACAGAGUUCGGGGUGCUCUUAGCGCACCUAUUCUUCUGUUCCCGCCCACCCAUCAUUUCCCCUUUUGUUUCUCUGUUUGCAGUCUGACGACGUAGUAGUGGUGCCGCCUUUACAUUUCAUUCUCCAAUAUUGUGAGCCUCGCAGCAGUUUUGUUUACCGGGCGGCUAAACCGUUCUUAAAUGACCCCGUUUCAGGAAUGGGUCCCCCUGGUGGCUGCGGCACCGCAGAAACCGCACGCUCCCGCUGAUUCUAAAUUUGCACUACUGCUCUGGUCUCAGCGGAGGCCGGCUAUUACCAUCUGAUUACUUUCCACCCCCCCGGUCCCGCUGCGUGACCGCGCUCCGCAAAGCGCCGUGAGACCGCGAGACAAGCGAGGACCCCCGCCCGAAUGGCACCGUCACCUUUUGAUUCCCUCACCGCACGCGAAUUGAACUGAUUGCUGAUUGUCUAUUGAACGGGAGUAAUUUGUGAACAGAAGCUUAAUGGGUAGGGAGGAUGUAAAAAGCAAUAUACCUGAAGACCAGCCCUCCCCACCCCAAAACGUUCACCUUCUCUCAGCCGGGGUCCUUUUCCAAUCACGAGUUAGAGAGCAUGCAGUUCUCCCUCUUCGGCGACUCUCGGCCUCUGAUCAAGUUAACAACAAAACGCAAAACUACAAUCCCGGGGUAGGGAAAAAUGUCGUCCUCGCUGGCUUUCCGGGGUCCUUCGUUCCCCACAGAUCAACGUUUGCCGAACUCCACUUUUCCCGACGCGCGUCGGCGAACGCGGACAAAUCGGCCCCGUCUCCGUCUCGUGCCGCUUCUCGGGCCGUCGUCUCGCAAGACGAAUAAAAACGCGAUGCGGGACACCGGGCUCUGCCGUUCACGAUCCGGGGAGGCAUCAGAAGCAAAACGGGUGUGUCGUUCGUGUCGUCUGUCGGAGCCGCGUGUUACUGUAAUUCAGACCAUGUAUUACUUGUGUUUAUUGCAGCGGGGGAGACGGAUUGUCUCUGCGCUCCGUGCUCAAAGGUAAGCAGGUAAAGUAAACAUAUCCAUCUUGCGAAAACCUUCCUUGUGGGAGCAGGAGAGAAAUCCGGCCUAAUCCAGCGAGAGCUGCGUCCGCAGCGCUGUGGAUUUAAUUAACUGCUUCACGGAUAAGAUCUGCUUUCUUUGCCCCC